UUCUUUGCAUACUAUAGCCAAUAUUAGUACAAUUGUAUUCUUUACAAGUGUCGCUUAAGAAAUAUUGAAGACUAAUUUACUUGAUUUUUUUCUUUGCUCUUCUUUCUCUUUAAACAGGCAAUCAGACACAUUUUUUUCUUCCUUAAUGGUUGAUUUAUCAGACAUUCCCAUAGAACCCGGGAUGUCUCUGUUUUGUACAGCUCAGUUGCGGAGCCAUUAGCACAUUCACUAUCAAAGGCAUCGGAUUUCUCAAAUGAAAGUCUAUCCAUGCCUCUACCAAUCGGCCUCACUGUGAGUAGAAGUUUGUUUAUAUGCAAGUUAAAUUCAAAUCUCUCUGGGUCUGAAAGUAAACACAUUGUGUCAGUCGAACAGACUGCGGCAUUCAGUACUUAUUAGUCAGGAACCAAUGUAAAGAAUUUAAAAUCCUACCUCUUCAAAGAGAUUGUUUAGAACCAAUGAACAGAUGAAGGAUUUGCAAUGCAAAUGAUUUUCCAUGUUGAUAUAUGAACCAAAGGUCAAUGAUCGAGAUAAGAGAUUGUACCAUUGCAUCAGUUUGCCUGAGCUUUCACUUCAGCUACUGUCAGCGCGUGGUCUCUUGUAAACCUGCUUCUGGAUCACCUAUUUAAAAAAAGGACCGUGUUUGAAAUGGAGCAAGCAAAAGAGUUUCAAGGCAUUGAGGAAGACCGGAUAAGUACGGACGUCGAUCGUCAUUCCCAAGCAAGAAGUUCUAACAUCAGUGUGGAGUCUGCUCCUUUUUCCAGCAGCGUGAAGCAGGGCGACACAGAAACCAAACUCCUUCAACAAUGCGUGGAACAGCUUGAGCAGGUGGUAAAAGGGCCGCUGCAGAGUGAGAAAAUCGAUGAAGACAAUUCAGAACAGAAAUUAGAUUUUACUGCUGUGAAACUUGAGAAGGACACUGAGAAUGCAAACAGUGGAAAGAAAGCUGAUUCAAUUUGUGACAGGGAUAUAGAAAUUAAAGAUAAUGUCUGGCUUGCUUCAGCAUGCCAGCGUGCUGAAAAUGAAUCUGCUGGACAACAACAGGAUUGGAAACGUCAGAUAGCUUUUCCUUUACCAUUACAGCAGAAAUAUAAUAUAUCAGAAACUGUGAGUAACACUGAAGUGGAGAAAGUGGAAGAAGCAUUUUUGGAGCCCAUUAGGCAACAGUCUGAGGAGAAACCAUUGAGUGAGAACUGGCUAAAGAACGAGGCUGAAUGCCAAACAAUGGGCCUCAACAUGGAAUCACUUCAAGGGAAGGACAUUUGGGACGGUGAGGCCGUUUCAAGUUGCAUUGUAAGUGAGCAAAAAGAAACUUUGGGGACAAUAUACGAAAGGGACGGAGCUGCACUUGCGUUGGCUGCGUCCGUGGACAAAUACAAUCAGAAAGAAGAACAAGCAGGUAUUGCAGGAGAAGGAAUUGAAAACACAACAGAAGAUCUAUGGAUGAUUACUACGGGUGAUAAUCAAGAUGGUGACGAGGCUGUUGAUGUUGAAGUGAAGGCUUGUGGAGGUGGCCGAGGGCUAAAGCGUUUUCUCUCUCAGACUGAGCUAUAUCUCGUCAAAUCAGAUCAACAAGCGGACCAGCUCGAUGAAACAAGCCACUUGGCAGAUCUAAAUGCAGUUCCUUGUGGAGAUGUAGCUAUUCCCAACGUGAUCCCACAGAGCGACCAAUACACCCUGGCCAGCACCACAGAUCUAAAUUCAGAAGCUGGUGAAGCGAAGCAGACCGAACCAGAAAAUGGAGAUAAAUGUAUGGCGGAGAGACCCAGAGAAUCUGCUGACGACAGUCAGAGUGCUGCACAGGAUGGCAGUCCUGAUGGAAAAUCCAAUUCAUCCAUCUCCUGGGUGAGGUCACAAAUAGAUAACGGGUCCAAUCGUGCUGCCAUUGCCGAACAAGUCAGUCAGUCAAACCAAACUUCAGAAGAUGAUUUUUACUCUGACUUCAGUCAGGCUGAGGAGAGCAGGCCAGGCAGCAGCGGACUGGUUGAAAGUGUAUCCUGCAGAGAGCUGGACAGAGGUAAUUCUCAAGAGCAGGCCGACACAUCUUGCCAUGUUGACUGGGUGCAGGCGAGUGAUCUGGAGCAAGUUGUGUGCCGUGGAAACCAGAGUCAGUUUGAUCAGAAUGGAAAAGGUAAUUCAGCUCAACAAGUUCUGAAAAGUGUAUGUGGGUCUGCUCUGGACCAGGUUGCACCAGGUAUGCAGCAUGUAAACACAAGUGCAACUCUCUGCAGUGACAGGACCACUGAUAAACUGCUCAGUCCAUCUCACACGACUGACAGCAGUGGCCAGGACAAGCCGCUGCAGCAAGCAGACCAGCUGGCUGAAUCUGAUCAAACAGCAGAGAGGGUACAGACUGAAGACGGCCAUCCUGAUCUAGCAACACACAGCAAGAACGACCUGGUGCAUUAUCAGCAGCCCAGCAAAGCCAAUCAAGCCCCAGAGGAGGGCCAUACGUUCCUGUCGAUGGGAGUGACCAAACUGACGACGGUGGGCUCCCUUCCCAAAAUGUCAGCACGGAGAUUGAAUGUGGCAAAGGCCUGA